GCUCAUUUCUUUAUUAUUGUUGUACUCGGAAGGAUGCUGCAUUUAGCGUCCUUAUUGUUCCGGAAACUUGGCUCUUUCUUGGAAGAAUUCACCCAGCAGCAAAGGAUAAUGGCUGAAAUUAAAGACCUACCGUUUCAAUUUCCAGAGCUAGCCCAUAUUGAUCACAAGAAAUCGUGUCCUAGAUACAAUGCAGUGGUUGACAGAGAGGAGGAGAAUGGCUCCAUUAGUAUGGAGGAGCUAGACUGUCUCCAGCUGGAGCUAGAGACGAUGCUAGCGGCCGUCACGAGGAGGAUCCGUCAGAUCCAGCAGGAGGUGCAGAGCAUGGCAGAUCUUCAGGAGAUCAAGAAAGAAAAAAAGGAGCCAAACCUGGAGAAAAAAGAGGAGACUUCAACCACAAGUGCGCCCCCAUCUGGCAAGCGAGGGAGAAUCGAUGAGAAGCCAGAGAAACCAGAGAAGCCUCCGAAGAAGAUGAAGGAAUCGAGCGGGAAGGGGGGCAACACCAGCACCCCGGGGGUCGGAUCUAACAGACCUAAAGCCAAGAGUAUGAGUAUACAUCAAAAAAUACAGGAAUACGAAUUCACUGAUGAUCCGCUCUCUGACGUAGCACCCCCUCGCUUGCCCCGCAACGACACCAUCGAUCGUUUCUGGGCGUCGGUGGAGCCCUACUGCGCUGACAUCACCAAUGAAGAUCUGAAGAUGCUCGAUGAGCUCAUCAAAAGUGGCGAAGAGGAGACAGAAUUCUUCAAGGUGCCGUCUCUAGGGAAGCACUACUCGGUCCGAUGGGCGCAUGAGGACUUACUGGAGGAGCAGAGAGAAGGUGGAAGGAUAACAGACAAGAAGAAGGGACCUUCACCAAACACCAAAGAAGCUAAAGCCAUGCUGAAGAAAGCAGACAGACCUGAUGACGACUGCUGUCCGUUUGGAACCCUGACCCAACGUCUCAUCUCAGCGCUGGUAGAAGAGAAUAUCAUGUGCCCUCUGGAAGAAGAGUUCCUCAUGGAUUCAUCUAAGGAAGAGAACGGAACAAUAACCGAUGGAAACACAGCAACCUCUCCUAAGAAUGGAAACAGACCCUUCACAGUACCACACACCAAGGCACUAGAGGCAAGGAUCAAGGAGGAACUACUUGCACAAGGACUGCUGGACGUGGACGACCCCAUGAUCAUGGGUGAGGAGGACGAGGUCUUGCUGGAGCUUCAGAAGCGACAGGAGGAACUGAAGGCCCUCUAUGCUCACAACCGCACCCAGAAACAGCGCCUGGUCAAGCUCGCCAAGGAGGAGAUCAAACGACAGGAACUGAGACAGAAACUACGGGCAGCUGAUAAUGAGUGCAUAGACUACUACCGUCGCAUCAUGGCCGCCAAGCAGAAGAAAAGAUCACCGACCAAGAAAGAGCGAGACGCGGCUGCCAAAGCCCUACGAGACCGGGAAACCAUCAUCAAACAACUGGAUACCCUUUGAACUCUUCGUUGUUGGAGCCAGGGCUUGACAAUAACAGAAACCUGGGUCACCUGACCCCUCAAAUCCUUAAAGCUUAUCUGUACUAGUUGACAGGAAGGAUUAGACUGCCCUGCAAGGUCACUGGACAGGUGGUUAUCUCAUCAACUCAGCUCUCAAUUAACAUAAGAAAAAGAGAAUCAUGGGGGACCAUUGGUCACUGAUUAGGCAUUGUUUGUUAUUUAGAAGGCGCAAGUAGGUACAAGUAGUACAGCGAGGCUUUAAGUUGGUGC